UUUGUUUUAGACUCCACCUCUUUCACGUGAACGCGCCAUAAACCGAAUUAGAAAAUCCUGGGUUAACAAAGCUCGCUGAUUUCCAGCUUCAUGGCAUCGCUUAUCUUUUCCCCAUUUCCGUCGCCUAGUCCGUUAUUGAUGAUGUGACUCGUGUCAUAACUAACCAUUGCGUCGAAUCAGCUCGGGUUUAUUUUGUUUCACGACCGUGGAUUACGAUUUGAUUACUAAAUCUAGCAUUCAAACAUCUCGGAUAACUGCGCGCACCCGCUCCGCCAUAAAGGGGAUACCAAUCGCACGCCGAAACCCGGAUCACAGUUCAUGUACACAGACAGAGAUUUUCAGAUGAUGAAAAAACAUGAGAGGGCACAUUUUUUCAGCUCUAAAGAGCAGGAACUCAUUCUGAAGUUGUAUGAAGAAGAAAGAGAGAUACUGACAGCCAAGUCCAACACUACAAGCGCCUCAAAACUGAGAGAGGAAGCCUGGCAGAGAAUUGCUGAUAAAAUCAAUGCGGUAUCAGACAGCGGCUACAAAAGGACAUGGCAGCAAGUGAAAGUCAAACACAAAAACAUAGUGCAAACAGCAAAAAGACGAAGGGUCGAGGUGUUGAGGAACGAGGGGGGGUCAGCAACCCCAUCACUGACUUCUGCUGAGGAGGAUGUGCUGCUGCAUAAAGACAACAGGCUGAGAGUGGAGGUCCUCCCUGGGGGUGCCUGUAUUGAGCCAAUGACUGGAACUGACAGCUCUUUUAUCAGUGUGUCAGGUCAUCCUGUGCUCCUCCUGCCUGUAACAAAGACUGAACCAGAGAGCUUGAGCAGCGAUGAGACAGACGUCAGUGAUGCACAUUUUGAAGGGGAUGUGCACAGUAGCAGCUUCCAGGAAAGGUCCAGCUCAGCAUGUGCUACAACCGGUGGAAGAAGUGCAGAGAAGCAAACAGAAGACAUAAAGGCCCUUUACUGCUGCUACCUCAAAAAGGAGAUAGAGAACCGAGACCAACAGAUGGCAUACAGAGCACUUAAAAUGAAGAAAUUGGAAAAAGAAAUCUUAUUACUUGAUAAGCAGCUGUUGUGACCAUGCAGAAAGAUGUUAGUGUUAUUAUCCUAUUAUUAUUAUAACUUAAAGUUUGAUUUACUUAGGUUAGACAGUUGGAAUAAAUUAUUUCAGUUAUAUCACAUACAGUCAUAUUUUUCCUUACCUAAUGGUGUAGAGUGUAGAGUGUGGGUUGGGGAUUUAACAGCAGUUGUGAACAGCUCUGUCUCUCAUUAAUGCAUUAGGUUGGUCAAGUUUGCAACACUAUGAUGGACCCUUUCUCACUGUUGCAAUAUUGUGCUGUACAGCUCCACACAAGCAGCAGCACAGAGGGUAUCCAGUGCAAUCCUCAGACUGUGACAGCCCAAAGGUCAUUCCUAUCCCAGCAUUGUUUUGGCAGGAGUUGCCCUCAAAGCUGGUUUGAGGCCCACUGAGGGCUCAAGGUGGGAGGGUUAUGAAAAGGGGCUUGUGAGUGGAGCCCCUGUAGAGCGGCCAUGUAACCCUGCGCCCCAGGAGGAUUCCAUUAUCACAUGAGUUACAGAGCACUGACACACUUUGGUUGUUUUGGCUCUGUACUCACUGCACACUGCAUUUGAAAUGAAUGAAUGAAUGAAACAAUGAAUGGCUCUAAUAUGAGGGCACUAAUACCCACAUCAGAUGAGUAGUGUAGGAGCGGUUUCUCUGCUCUUCAAGAAUCAAGAAUUCUUUAUUGUCAUUAUGCAUACACAUAACAAAAUUUUGUUUGGUAGCUUUCGGCUUAAGAAAAAGACAGACAAAGACACAAUACUUUAUAAUAUACAGACAGAAAAACCAACUAUAGACACACAACACAUAGUCCUGUAAUUUCAGGAGACAACAUAACAAAAGUCAUUAUAUUUAUCUUAUAUAUUUGGCUAUCAUUGACAGGCUGAGGUCUGUCAGUGAUAGACAUCAACUGACACUUAACAGCAUCCCUGCUUUUCCUCCAUUCAGUCUGGUCUUUUCGCAAAUUCAGCACAAGAAAAACAGCACAGAAAAAACAAAUUGAAAUUGAUUUCACGAUGGUAUCACUGCUCCAACGUGUGACACUAAGUCACCUGUGCAUUUACACAGUAAAAAAUCUUUCUAUAAUUAUCUCUGUCUUUAAAUACCAAGAAAUUGCUGUUUUUUUUUUUUUUGCAAAGAAAGAGGUAAAAAGCACUCUUCUCUAAAGUUUAGACUCAUUUUAUCAUCACACCUAUAGUCUCUUUGAUUAUUGAAAAACAGCCUUUUGUCAUAUUUAAAAUCAAUGUGGUAUUCUAAUUAUUUUAAUAUAUUUAUAAAUUAGUGCAGUUGUUGAUUUUGUUUAUUAUUUCUGUUUUUGUCUUUAUUGUGUUCGACUAUGUAUUUAUUAAUUAUUUUUGUAUGCACCCAGUACAAUACAGAAUAGUUUGUGACAUGUAAAACAAGAUAAUUUAUCUCAAGGGUCUUACUGGGAAACAAUAAAACUGUUCUUUGUUUAA